AUGGGUUGGUAUAACCAGGCCCUCUCGGAGCUCAUGAGGUGUAUAGCUCUGUCAAGAAUUUGCUAUGGAGACCAUCACUGGAAAAUGGCAGAAGCCCAUGUUAAUUUGGCUCAGGGAUACCUCCAGUUUAAAGGAUUUUCACUACAAGCACAGCAACAUGCAGAAAAAGUCAAAGAAAUUCUUCUUGCCAGCUCACCUAUCCCUUCUUCUGAUUCUGAACAAAGAAUGGACAUUCUUAAGUGCUCAGUUGCCACUUUUCACACAUUACGAAGAUCAUUAACUGCUCUUCACAAAUAUUCUUUCUCAGUUUUAUUUGUUACUUUGAAGUUAUCCUUAGCGCUACUCAGAUUGAAAGGUUCAGAGAGAAAUUUAAUAAAAACUCAGGAACUUUUAGAGGAACUGCUACAAAAUGAUCACAUGCCACAGGACAAAUGGGUGGAAAUCUAAGCAGUAGUUGAGUUGUCUUUUGCACAAUUAUACCAGUGUCAGAAAAGAUCAGAAGAUGCUAUUCUCUGCUAUCAAAAAGCUCUGAGCUAUAUUGAGAGGAGUAAGGGUGAAAUCAAUCUGGAGUGUAUUCCUGUACACAAGAAAAUGGCAGGAGUAGCACAGGUUCUUGGGGAUCAUGCAACAGCAAUCCAGCAUCUUGUAAAGGCUCAUUUCAUUGCCCUGAGAAAAAGCCCUUCUUCAGGGGAAGCAGCAGAAACUGCUCACUUGGUGGCACAGGCUGCAGUUGCCUCUAAACAAUCAGAGCACAAGGGUGAGUGCCUUUUAAAGGUUAUGAAUAGUUACCAUGCUGUCCUGCUUGUAGGAAUGCACACUUCAGUAAAUGCUGCAUACUGCAUCACAGUAGAUUUAGUCCCUCUUGCACUAUUUCUUUCAUUUUGCAGACUUUGUAUGACUAUCUGGCUGAAGUAUUUUCAAGAAAGCAUGAAUGCUUUUAAAGAAGCUGAAGGGCUGGAGAGUGCUAAAUGCCUUGGAGCUGUGGAUGAUUUCUGUCAGUUUCUUAUAGCCACUGGACAACAGGAGUUUCCUUUCACAGAGAGCACCAAUAAAGCUAAAAUAUCCCUAUUUGGGUAUCUCAGCCUGGAAGUAGCAGAGACAUACUGGCUCCUAGGAGGAACAGAACUGGCACAAGGACACACACAUUUGGCAUACAAGAAACUUAAGAAGUGCCUGUACCUUCAGACCCUCCUAUUUAGCACCCACAACAAAAGAACUGUAGCAACCCAGGAGGACACUGACUUGUCAAAAUGAGUGAGUUUUCAGUCUUCUUGGCUGAUCUUCCUUUUAUAUGCUGUUACAUUCUGUGUUUCCCUGCACGUCUGAGAUAUUUGGGCCAUAGAGCUCACAGAAAUGUCUGAUGGAAAAGAAAGAUGACCCACAGUGUUGGGAAGUUCACAGGGCAACAGUUUGUUGAAUAUAACACUCUAAUUUAAGGAUAACUCUUCAGACUUCCACAUCAGUGAUCUAACCACAGCCUACAGAGAUUUUGAGAUGUACCACCACCCCCGCUUAGAUUAUUCAGAGCAGCAAAUAAAAUUCAGAUGAGGGUAGAUUCCCUUUCACCUUCAUUCCCACCCCACUUCAGAAAACAAAUUAGCAACACUGGCAGUGUAGUUCACCUAUUAGGUCCCUACAUCUAAUAGACAUCAUCUACAUCAUCACAGUCCUAAAACUGUUGUUCAACACCUUCCUCAGUCACUAACAGAUGUUGCCAUAAGUAAUCAUGUAGCACCCCUUCUCUCUCAGAGGAUGGCAAAUUGAGCCAUUACAGAAAUCAAGUAAAGGCCAGGAUUAAGAGAACAACAAUCCAUUGAAAACAUCAGUUCCCAAUUAUAAAAACUGUUUGGCUCCAUGGAUGAGAUGAGUGUUUCAAGAUAUGCAGUGCUUACUGGGGCUGUUAAUUACUCAUAUUUUGUAAAUUAAGUGGUGAAUAGUGGAACUGACAAUAACCUAUAAUUUACAACACCCUUCCUUUUUUCGGGGCCCCAGAUGUAGCAGCAAAACAGAGACGAUCAGAUAAAAAAGACCACCAGACUGUGCUAUUUAACAGUACUCCAUAGUGGGAAGGCCCAAAGCCUAUAUAUAUGUGUGACAGGUUUCUCAUGCUUACUUCUGACGACAAAACCUGUAUCUGCAAGUAUCAAUCAUGCAGAACUGAAAUCCGUCAUUGAAUUAAAUACUGAAUGUAAAGCAAACUUUCGUGGGGAUAGAUUACUUACCUUAAUGGAUACAGAAAAAAAAUUAAUACAGGUGAACGCUAUUUUUAAUUUUAAUACUCUUGGAUCAUAGCGUUUUAAGAUCCUUAAUGACAGCCUCUUCAGUUUUCUCUUUUGUGAAAGAAAAACAUUGUUUUUUCCUGUUUGGAAAUACAAAACUGCCUCAGUAAUAAAAUAAAUUUACAUCAAAAAUAUGAUUCAGGCAGGCAUUGCUGUUCUGCACUGCACGCUUACUAGCUUCUUGAACAAAGGAUUUUAAUUUUUCUAUUUAGUCUAUUCAUAAAGGCACCCUAUUACCUUGGUAGCCAUGCACCAUUAACUGCAUUGUGCAAAAAACUGUUAAAAUCUUUUUUUUUGUUGUUUUUUUGGGUUAAACACAAUAGGGUAUGAGUUAGGAAAAUAACCUCACCCUACCCCACCCCACCCCCCAAAAAAGUUGACAGUAGGGUGGGGUAUUUUUUUUCGUUGUUUUUAAAGAAGUCUUUUGUAUCACAUAUAUGUAACUUUAAGUAAGUUCUGCCAUAUGAACAUCAUCUAGGAUUCAUUUGAGCUCAUGACUCUUCCUCCUGUUGGCAAAAGAUGCCAUAGCUUAAGUGUGCUUGAUUUCAGGCUGCAAAGUACCAGCAGUUGCUACCCGCAGCACAAUUCGGAAGGG